AUUGAGUCUUCAUUAAACACCCAUCUUGAAAGAAAACAAUCCUCCUUCUUUAGCUGAUAGUUCCUCACAAAUUAUAUACCUUUCUUAAUGGCUGCUCAAAACCAAGUACAAAUUACCAUCCCUAAACAACAUGAUGACCAAAACCAAGCCCCUGAAGAGGAUUUUGACUACUCUCAAAGAGCACAAUGGCUUCGAGCAGCUAUAUUAGGAGCCAAUGAUGGAUUAGUAUCAGUUGCAUCUUUGAUGAUGGGUGUUGGAGCUGUUCAAGAAAACGUUAAGACCAUGAUCCUUACUGGUUUUGCAGGGUUGUUUGCCGGUGCAUGUAGCAUGGCUAUAGGAGAGUUUGUCUCUGUGUACUCUCAACUAGACAUAGAGUUAGCUCAAAUGAAGAGAGACAAAACAACAGGAGGACAGAACAAAGAACAUCAACAGCACGAAGUAGAAGAAAGUAACAAGGAACAGCUGCCAAAUCCAUUUCAGGCAGCCGGAGCCUCGAGUAUUGCAUUUUCAUUGGGUGCUAUUGUGCCAAUUCUUGCAGCUGCAUUUAUAGCAGAUCAUAAGGUGAGGCUAGCUGUGAUUGUGGCUGCAGUGAGCUUAGCAUUGUUAGCAUUUGGAGGAGUUGGUGCUUUUCUGGGCAGAAGUCCUAUGGUCAAAUCUUGUGCCAGAGUUUUAAUUGGUGGUUGGAUGGCCAUGGCCAUUACCUUUAGCCUCACUAGAUUGAUUGGCUCUAUGGGCUUGGAAAUGUGAUGGGGACUCUAUGUUCUGUUCCCUGUCCUAGCUAAUUUAGUUUUAUCUGCUCAAGAAAUUGAUGUUGCACGUCAAAUAAAUUUCCUUUUGUGUAAUGACUGGAGUGAAAUCUUAAGAAUGUAUUGAAGGUCAAUUUAUUAUGUUA